GCCAUUGUAAUGCAUUUUGUCUUUCUGGCGGCGUUUUUCUGGCUCAACACGAUGUGUUUCAAUAUAUGGUGGACGUUUAGGGACUUGAGGCCCGCCAACUUGGAUAAAGGCCAAGAGGCGUGUAGGCUUAGGUUGUACCAGUUGUACGCGUGGGGUGUGCCCUUGGUGAUCGCUACGCUAGCCGCUGUAUUGGACCGUAUUCCCCCAGAUCAAUAUAUGUCACUGAUCAGACCUAAAUUUGGUGAACAUCGCUGCUGGUUCUAUGGUGACGCAGAGGUUCUGUCGUAUUUUUAUGGACCUAUUGGUAUUUUGUUGAUGAUGAAUCUAACAUUGUUCGCGGCCACGGCUAGGGAGCUGACGUGUGGCUUAUGGAGAACCGAAGUAGUGAAAUCUACUAGCGAAAGAGCCACACUGGGUCGCGUGUGCCUGAAACUCGUGAUCGUCAUGGGCAUCACGUGGGUGGUAGACGUGCUGUCGUGGGUGAUCGGCGGGCCGGACUACGUGUGGUACCUGACGGACCUGAUGAACGCGCUGCAAGGGGUGCUCAUAUUCAUAGUGGUCGGCUGUCAGCCACAGGUGUGGAUGGCCGUCCGACGCAUGUGGUGCCUGCGCACGGACAACCCAUCGGACGGCGGCAACGCCCGUUCGUCCACGUCCAACGCGAUGCCGUCCACUGUCAACGAGUCGACGCUGUCCAAACCGGUGGAGACGCUGUGUUGAUGUCGAUCGCCCCGCACCACACCUCACCGCACACGCACGCACGCACGCACGUAGAGCACACGCACGCAUCGCAAGCACACGUACACGCGAGCAAGCAAACAAGCACAGGAAAAUAGUCAAAUAAUAUCAUCGUCGUCGUAACCGCUGACCACUGACCACUGACCACUGACCACUGCUCCAGACUUCCGUCGUAUAAUGUAUUAUAUACGAUUAUCGAAGUCUGUGUAACCACUGACGGACUCGUUGACCGAAUGUCGACGUACGAUGUGCUAAUCGUUACAACUAUCUUAAAAUCUUGCCCGCUAACGGAAUGUUUAGACUGACAAAUCUUGUUUUAUAAUUAUUAAUUUUUUUUUUUUCUUUAACCAGUAUUAAUAAAUAAGUAUAUCGUAUUUGUAAUGAUGUA